AUGUCACCGCCUGCUACUAACCCCCCCAUCAUCCUCGACCCCGCCGCUUUUGAUCCGACCUUGCCAGGCGAAGAGUUCACCAAGUAUGAGGAACAGAUCCGCCGGACCAUUGCUGCCGACCCUCAGCAAUGGUGGGAAGUUGGUGCGGUCGAGUACCGUCGUCGUCGCAAGGCCGGGGAGUCGACGUCGCCAGCCCCCAAGCUGCUAGACUCCGGGUCGGCCCUGGCCGUACCUUCGCGAGACAGAGGACGUACCAUCCCGUGCCGCACAUUCAAGCCUACAAAUGGCAGUGCAGUCCUCGGCGUCUUCAUGCACAUCCACGGAGGGGGGUGGGUUCUCAACGACGAGGAGUACCAAGACGAGUACAUGCAAUCCAUGGCCGAUGACUACGGCCUCGCCUGUGUGACCGUCGGCUACCGUCUUGCUCCCGAGGAUCCCUUUCCUGCGGGACCGCAGGACUGCUUCGAUGUCGGAGACUGGCUAUUCGACAAGGCGCAGAGCGAAUUCGGUGCACCGCUGGUCUUCAUCGGUGGCGAGUCGGCCGGCGCCCACCUGUCCCUGCAGACGGCGCUGCAUCUCAUCCGCUCCAAGAACUACACCGUUCCCGGCGGACUGAUACUGCACUACGGCUGCUUUGACCUGGGGAUGACUCCCUCCAUCAGGUACCUGGACCGUGACGGGCCUUCUGUGUACCUGACCAGCGCCAAGUACGAAAAGUUCCGAGAUGCCUUCUUGCCGGGCAUGGCAGGCGACGACUUCCACCGGCCCGACGUCAGUCCGCUGUACGAGGACCUCGGCCUGUUGAGGGGGUCGCUGCCCGCUGCGCUCUUCACCUGCGGCACGAGGGAUAUCCUGCUCGAUGAUACGCUCUUCAUGAGCACCAGGUGGUUGAGUGCCGGCGCCGAGACGGUGCUUGAGAUCGUGCCGGGUGCGCAGCAUGCCUUCUCGCGCUUUCCGCAGGUGCCAGGUACUGGAGCAGCGCAGGCAGAGGCAGCUGUGAAGGCAUUCGUGACUCGCAGGUUGUAG